CCGUCAACUCCACCUCUUCCCUCAUCACCACCUCCGCAUCCAGCCUCUGUCAAGCGACCAACCCGACCCGCGACACCCCCUCACGACCCUCUCUCGCCAGUCUACGACCGCUCUCGAUUGCGUCAAAGACGUUGCUCUCGUUGCCCGCGACCGCCGAGCCGCCGCCGCCGCCGCCGCUGCCGCUCCCUCGCUCUCCGGCUCGCCGUGCACACCAACCGGCUUCGCGGCAGCGCGUGCCCCAGCCCGACGACGAAAAAAUCGCUGUGCAUGUCGGUAGCCUGAGCAGAAGCGAGAUCGCAGCGCAGCGACACCUCGGCCAGCGGCCUUGCGCAUAUAGCCGCUCGCUCUACCCACCGCACCGACGAAUACUCGCCUUGCCCGCUACGUCAGUCACGUCACCGACGUCGCGUUUCGGCCUCGCCUCGCCUCGCGCGCCCGGCCCAUCACGGCACGUCACAUCACGUCGGCUCGCGACAUCCCCAUCAUGUCUUUCCACCCCCAGACGCCACAGAGUCCCUGCAACUUUUCGCCCGCCACCUCCUCGGACCCGAUGACGGCACUUUCUGCCGCCUCCGCCGCGACCAGCACCGCGACGCUCCCCACCCCCGCACAUAGCGUCAACGGCUGCAACUCGCAGCACGACGCGGCCAUGUCUGAGGAGACGCCGCACAAAAGGAAGCGGCCGUUGGACGACGUUGGCGACCGAGACCAGAAGAAGAUGCACAUCGAGGACCGCAAGCUGGGUAUUGAGGACCUACAUCUCGAUGUAGGCGAUAAAUAUCUGCUUUGCCAAACUCUGCAUCCGGAGCCUCACCCGCGAACCUCGGAGGACCUGUACGCCAAAUACGGCCUCACCGGCUUGGCCGCCGAAGUUGCUCGUGAAAAGCCAAACGGCGAGAAAAACGCCUUGCGCAAGACGUACAAGGGGCACAUCAAGCGAUUAGGUGUCGCUGGGCAUUUUGAUGUCCACAAGAAGAAGGAAGGCGAGCCCUCCGACUUCUUGGCAAUGCUACAGGUGCCCGAGCUCGAGUGGAAUGUUCAUCAGGUCAAGGGCCGUGAGAUCAACGACGGGCUCUCGCAAGCUACCCUGUCUGCCAUGGGACGCGCCAUGACCAUGGCCAAGGGCCCUAUUCCCAAGGGCAUUUGGGAUAGCUCUGUCUUGGGCGACGUCGCCCCGGGCAGCGGUGAGGCGUCCAAGCCCGUGUCUGCGAAGCCAUCGGCGCCCAACACACCGUUGGCCGCGUCGCCGAACUCCAUGGGCCGUUCGAAGCCGCAGGUGCCGACGGGGCAGGACCUUUUGAGGCCGCGGCGGAAUAUCAAGAAGAGGUCGUACGGGGAUUCUAGCUACGAAGGCUACCAAGAGGGGUUCCCUGAUGACGAUACGGGAUACUCUACAGGAGAGGGCGAGGGCGGGCAGAAACGGCGCAAAAAGAGCUCGGGGAGCACGCCUCCCUAUCCCACCAUGCGUCAACAGAGUUACGGGCCCGGCAUGGUUGGGGCGUGAGUUCGACGUUGCGUUUCCCGUUUCUGCCCAAGAGAUACCCAUUCGAUUUCCUCGCUCUCGGACGCCCUCGCGGCGAGACGUUCGCUUUCCAUCGGAAACACAGCACGCAAGGUGCUCACCGAACAAGAAUGCCUACUGCACUGGUUCUUCCGCGCAAGACUGAGGUGGAACAGUCACAAAAAAGUCUUUUCGGGCAUCGGUUAUAAUGACAUGUACAGGGGGGGUAUGAUACGAUGCAUGAGGGGUCCCGGCACACGCAGAGGACACGGUCUGUGUGUCUUUGCAUUUCGGUCUCAUUGAAUCCAGGAGGCCAGGUUCCGGCCCUUGUUUGCCACCUUUUGUUUUUGGCCCUUUGACAAGCACGGCGUUGGCGGAUAGGUAAAUAUGGCCCGGAAAGGUUCACGAAUGGCAGUCUGCGCUUGCAGCUGCGUCUUUAUUUCCCCCUGCGAAUUGUGUUUCUCUGCGCUUUCGGGGUUUUCGUGGUUUUCAAGGCUCCUCGCGGUGAAAGCCGGCGACAAGGAGUCGCGCCCGGCGGUUCCAGGCCGGUGGGCACAUGCGUGCAAUGGUCGUCACGUCCGGUGGAUGGGGGCCUCUGCUGACCUGCCCUGCCUGCCUGCCAUUGAUUGCUCUGUGGGCCGGCCGCCGGGGGCUGGGGCUUCAUUCACCUGGCCAUGACUUUGAGCGCCAGCCGCAGAGGUAGAUGCAGGUAACAAAAGAGACAAACCGCUCGCGGACAGCGGAUAUGCAAACAUGUCACGACUUGACUGGUUGGUGACAUGGCAAGUGGUGUUGGCGCCAUGCAAAGGUCAUGGUCGGUCAGCUUCGGAUAGCCGACCAUGUGUAGUCACCGCACAUGCCUCUCACAAGGGGGCCUCCAUUACUCUCGCCACUUCUUGUCUUUUUCUGCACAAAGCAUUUUCUAGACACUAAAUACACAUUCACCAGGGAGUAGAGCCCAACAUACC